AACGAUCCAGAACACCGUCCACAAUGCGCUCCUUCAUCCUUCUCAGUCUCCUCCUCUCUCUCUUCACCACCUUUAUCCUUGCUCAGGACCAAGCCAUCUCCGACGCUGAGACAACCGCUUCAGGCAACACACUAAACACUUCGACCCAAGCACCUGCAGAAGCUACCUCGGCUGCUCAAUCAGUCGCGUCGUCAAUUGCAUCAGAGGUCUUUUCCUCGGCGUUGUCGUCUGCUGCGAGUAGCAUUUCUGAGAGAGUGGCUGAGAGUCCGAGUGCGACUGCCACGGAGGGUGCUGCGGCGCCUACGAAAGGUACGUUUCUGUUGAUUAAGAGGAUUGAUAGUCUGGGAAUACAUGCUAAUAUGCCUGAGUAGAUGCGCAGUUUGCUGCUCUGGUUGGGGGGUUGGCUGUCG